AUGUCAAUUUCUAAAGAAUAUGCAAGUCUUUCUUUUAAGGUCGCUGAAUACUGGGUAAGGCCAGGAAAAUAUUGCUCAAUUAUUUUUCUUUUGACUUCUAAGUUUGAAUACACUUCUUUUCCAAGCAAAGAUUUAAAAAUUUGAGCAUCUAAGACUAAAAAGCACGAAUAUUCGCGCGCUACAGCCGUCAAACUGCGAGGCAGAUUUUUCAAGAUACCCCUUUCGCCUAAAAUUUUCCCUUUUACCAUAAUAUUUUCUGGGAUAAGUUCACUUGAAGAUGAGGAGGAUAGGUGAUUAUAG